AUAAUUUAGUUCACUGAUGAGUUGGAACAUUCAAGGUACUGGUAAGCUAGGAGUGACACUUUGAAGAAUCUCUGUGAAGAGGAAUCUUUACCCCUCCUUUUGAAAAUUAUUCUUGAAGUGUAAAAUGAUCAGUUUGGAAUUCUCGAACCACAUUAAGACCUUCGAUUACAAGAGUCAAAGAAGUGACUUAGAGCGCGAGGCGAUUGAAAAGGUAAUUGCAGGUGAAUCGCUGUUACCUCUGUUUGAGAGGCACCAAUUAUCCCUUGAAGAGCAAAGAAAGCUUCUGAAGACUAAACUUGCUUAUCCACACAAAGGCGAGGAAAGCAGUCUGUUUUUGCUUUCUAUCGCGUGCGGUCACGUGGACUUAGCCAGAAGCCUCAUCGAAGAACGGGUAGUCGAUAUCGAGGAGCGAGGGACGGUACUAGUAGGAGUGUACAAGAAUGGAGGGUUUGGCUACGAAGUGGGCGAGGACGUAACCCCUUUAUGGUGUGCUGCUGCCUGGUGUAAGUUUGAACUUGUGAAACUUCUAACAAAACAUGGUGCAAAUAUUAAUCACAGAUCAAAGGUCGGUUCUAGCCCUCUUCUUGUGGCUUGUCGGUACUUCCACUCUAACAGAGCACGACAAGUGCUUCUGGGGAAACCUGAUAUGCCCUUGCAACUUGAUCUUGUCAAAUUUCUUCUGGAAAGUGGAGCAAAUCUGAAUGAGGCUGGUCACCAGGGUGACACUCCUUUAACUGCAGCUGCCUUGUCGGGAUUUAAAGACCCAUCCCUUGUGGCUUAUCUUCUGGAAAAGGGUGCUGAUCCAAAUGCUAGGAAUGGUCAUGGCUUCACUGCUCUGCACUUAGCUGCACACAAGGGUUGCUUAGAAUCAGUAAAGGUGCUGAUUAAAAAUGGAGCACAGCUGGGAGCUGGUGAUACCCGAGGAAUCACACCUCUUCAACUAGCAUGCUGUGAAUGUCAUGAUGAUGUUGUAGAAUGGAUAAUUUCGCUUCCAGACUGUAGCAGAGAGAAGAAGAUUGAUGCUUUGGAGCUUCUUGGUGCCUCCCAUGUAACUUCCAUUGAUGUUGACAAUAUCGAGUAUCCAAGUGAAGGACAAGAUGAAGAAGAGGAUGGAGAUGACACAGAAUCAAUUCAGCAUGGAUAUAAUCUGCUGCUAAGAGCAAUGAAGGAGUGCUUGAAGCCACCCACUUACAUUGUAAAGCAGGUUUUGACACCUCCUCUUGCUGUAUAUAACAAUCACAUAGAAAGUCAAAGCCUUGAAGAACUGGAGGCAUUUUCUACUCAACACGAGGUCAUUCAAAUGGAAGGUUUUAUCACCAGGGACAGAAUUCUUGGUGCUCUGCACUCACCAGAAAUUCUACGGCCACUCUUCAACAAAGGUAUUGUUUUAUCCCACAAAGGGGAACUUGAAGUGGCAGCCAACUUCUACAGCCAUGCAUUAUCAUUCAAACUUGUGUCUUCUGAUGAAAGUAAAGAAAUCUUGCGAAGACUUCUUGAUCUCUUUGCGAGCAUGAUUGAAAAGGGCACACAGCUGAAGAUUGCCAACCUUGAGCCAGUAAAUCAGUACGUUUUAGCUUGGCUCAAAAUCCUGACCCAGGAGAGAGAAAAAGAGCAUCUUUCUCAUUUUGAACAGCAAGAGCUGAAAUGGGCUUUUGACCGCAACUUGCUUCUGGUGUUUAAUUUCAUUUGCAUCGUGGUUAAUAUCAGUGUUAACUCAGCUGAAGAAGCCAAGAAGAAACAAGAGAUGAUCAAAACAGUGGUGGAUCUCAAGAUACAGAAUUCUCAGGGCUCUGAUAUGUUUCAUCUAGCUGUCUGGGAUUCAGUCAUAGAAGUCCACAACAAAGUAUGCUUAAAAGAAAUCUUCAAAGUGCCUAACAAGAAAGUACUUGAGAUUUUGCUACAAAAUGGUUCAAACAUAAAUUCACAAGAUCAUGCAGGAAAUACCCCUCUUCAUGUUCUUAUGUCAGUCGAUCCAAACCUUGCCAUUGUUCCAUUGGAUUUCAAAGAAAAUGGAGGAAAGGAAUAUAUCAAGUGGUUUGUCCAAAAUGGCGCAAAGAUAGAUUUGAAGAACUCAGCAGGAGAUUGGCCAGUUGAUGUAGCAGUAUCUGAAAUUGCAAAAGAAUUUCUGAAACUUUUGUGAACUAUAAAUAACUGUGACCAAAUAUUGAUCGCAAUUAAUUUAAGCUGUAAAUUGAAAUAAUGUUCCACUCAACCCUAUUUAACCUUUUCAUUCCUAGGAGUGUUCAAUUGGGUAUCUCUCUUAACAACAUGAACACAUUAUCAUGCCGAAAGGUGAUUGCAAACAGGAAAAAGUCAACUACAACAAUUAAUAAUGGUUGAUUUAUCAACAAAUUCCUAAAGGUCAAAUUAUUGGAAAUGUUUAAAAGACAGUAAGGAGAGUCAUUAUUCAGAUCUUGUGAGUUUUAGGGUUUGAAUUGCAAUUUAGCUUUAAU